CGACAGUUCUCUUCGGGAAUCGAACCGUUACGGAUGUGUCGAGUUCUGGUUGUUCAAACAUUGGAUUUUCGGUGAUCGAAUAUGUUGGUGCUACGAUACUUGGCGUCGUUCUACAACUAUGCGAACUAUGAAGUCAGCGAUCCCAGGGUGAGCAAAUGGCUGUUGAUGGAGACACCCUGGCCUGGACUAGCAAUUCUUGCUUUCUAUCUGAUGUUCGUGCUGAAAUGGGGUCCCAAGCUGAUGGAGAACCGGAAGCCGAUCAAAAUUGACAACUUUAUUAAGGUGUACAAUUUAGUGCAAGUGUUCAUCUGCAUGUUUUUGUUCGUUGAGGGAUGGCGAUUGGGAUAUCUGCGGGGUUACAACGUGCUCUGCCAACCUGUAGACUACUCAGCCGAUCCAUAUCCCGUUUCGAUCGCCCGAAGAUGCCACAUAUACUUCCUUGUGAAGGUUCUGGACCUACUAGACACGGUCUUUUUCGUGCUACGCAAGAAACAGAAUCAGGUUAGCUUUCUUCACGUCUAUCACCACACUGGGAUGGUGAUGCUAACCUGGAGCGGAGUGAAAUGGUUCCCGGGAGGUCACGCAGUGUUCAUGGGUUUCUUGAACAGCUUCGUUCACGUGGUAAUGUACUACUACUACUUCCUCACCUCUGUGAGUCCCAAGUACAAAGGCAAUGUCUGGUGGAAGAAACACAUCACACAGUUACAAAUCAUCCAGUUUGGAAUGAUCUUUCUGCAAUGGUUUGCGCUAAUAUUCCAGCCCAACUGCCAAUUCCCCAAGUGGCCACUGUUCAUCCUGCUGCCGCAGAACUGUUUCAUGUUUCUGAUGUUCCUCGACUUCUACUACCAGGCAUACGUGAAGAAGAAACCGGUGCAGAAGGCCCCGACGGUCGAAGCACCUAACCUAAGCCACAAAGCAUUGGUAGAUUGCCACUCUGAUUAACCCUGCGGUCACUGCUCCCAGGCCAGUAGUUUGUUAAGACGAAUUAGAAUUUAUUUUAGUCAUAGUUAUUCAUGUGAAGUUUCACACGUUUUCGUUCAUCCAUUCACUUCACUUCAGAAAUGUCGAAUGUUCGUUUCUUUACCGAAUAUAAAAGGAGAGAGACUCUCGUGCCACCGCUUGAUAUUGUCGCUCGUGUGAUUGAUUGCGUUGAUGA